AUGGACACGAGGUCAGGGGGCCAGCGAGCAUCAGCGCCUGGUGCAGAAAGCAGCGGACAGCAGCACCCAGCGCACCCCUCAGCACAGCCCACCCGUCAGAAGGCCAAGGCCGGGUCGCAGCCAGCCGAGGCCAAGCAGACGCAUGGGAAACCAUCUCCGAAGGCUGAGAAGCGCAAGGAGGCCUACGUGGUGCAGAUUUCGGAGGAGACCAGCUCCGAAGAGAUCACUGCUGUGCCCAACAACCCCUUCUCAGAGGAAGCCAUCCGCAGAGCUUUCAUUGUAAAAGUGUUCCUCAUCCUGUCUGCUCAGCUGGUGAUCACGGCGACAAUCAUGUGUGUAUUUAUUUUCUGGACAGGUUUAAAAGACUGGGUGAUCAGGACUCCCUGGUUCACCUAUGUACUCUUCGCAGCAUUUUUCACCGUGCUCAUUGUGCUCAUCUUCUGUGAGAACCUGCGCCGCCAGGUGCCUGCCAACUACAUCCUCCUCAUACUGUUUACAGUUUUGGAAGGUCUGAUGCUCGGAGCCGUGUCAGUUUUCUUUGACCACGAGGAGGUGUUAUGGGCCAUCGGGGCGACUGCCUUGGUGACGUUGUCGCUCACUCUAUUUGCUCUCCAAACGAAACUGGACUUCACCCUGCUCCACGGAGUGCUGUUCGUCGCGCUGGUGGUGCUUUUCAUCUUCGGAAUCCUCUUUAUCUUCAUACGGUCCUACUGGCUGCAUCUGCUGUAUGCUGGGCUCGGAACUGUGCUCUUCUCCUUUUACUUGGUGAUGGAUGUGCAGCUGAUGGUUGGGGGGAAACAUCAUAUGAGCCUGGACCCUGAAGAGUAUGUGUUUGCUGCUCUGAACAUCUACUUGGAUAUAAUCAACAUUUUCCUUUUUGUUUUGCAACUGAUUGGACGGUAGGCCUCUGGCCAAAGCUGGCUCGUGCUGACCAGAGGGAAGGAGGGCCACCUGCGAAGUGCCGCUAGCUCAGAUGUUAUUAAAAAUAUAUAUAUUUUAGAGUACUUAUUUUUUUUUCAAAUGAAAGCAAACAUUCAGUUAAUGGUAGCUGUAACUUUAGUUAUAUAUUUUAAGUUCCAUUGUUACGGUGCAAAACUUUCUGUGGGACAUUUCUGAUUUUCAUAAUUUCAAAAGAUGAGUAUCAAAAUACCAUACUUAAACAUUUCUUAGAAGCCUGUUAUUUUGUUGACGUUUUCCAGGCACUAGUUAAAGCUGUAAACAUCUCAAUGAAUAAAAUU